AUGACUCAGAGAGUCUCAUUCUUGUUGAUUCAGAGACGUCGCCGUGUCCUGAGCACGGCCCUUCUCCUCGUCUCGCUCGUCCUGCUCUCAUCUCUCCACGCGGCGAUGGCCUUCCGCUUCUCCGCGGGGCUCCGCGCGGACAAGCUGCGCGGGAUGAUGCGCGGAUGGGCGCAAGGAGGCUCGACCGGCCAGCAGCAGCAGCUGCAACAGGGCGGCAGAAUGGGCGGCGGCGGAGGAACGGGAGGUGGAGGAAUGGGCGGCGGCGGAAUGGGCGGCGGCGGAAUGGGCGGCGGCGGAAUGGGCGGCGGCGGAAUGGGCGGCGGCGGAAUGGGAGGCGGCGGAAUGGGCGGCGGCGGCAUGGGCGGACCUGAUUCCUCUGCUCUCGGAUCGCAAUCAGCCAUGAGUCCUGGGGGGAACAUGGGCGGCGGCGGAAUGGGCGGCGGCGGAAUGGGCGGCGGCGGCAUGGGUGGCGGCGGAAUGGGUGGCGGCAUGGGCGGACCUGGCAGGUCCUCUGCUCCCGGAUCACAAUCAGGCAUGGGUCCUGGGGGAGGCAUGGGUGGUGGCGGAAUGGGCGGCGGCGGCAUGGGCGGAGGCGGAAUGGGAGGCGGCAGAAUGGGCGGCGGCGGAAGAGGCGGUGGCGGCAUGGGCGGAGGGGGAAUGGGAGGCGGCGUGGGCGGCAGUGGCAUGGGCGGCGGCGGCAUGGGCGGCGGCGGCAUGGGCGGACCUGGGUCGUCUGCUCCUGGAUCGCAAUCAGCCAUGGGUCCUGGGGGGAACAUGGGUGGCGGCGGAAUGGGCGGCGGCGGAAUGGGCGGCGGAGGAAUGGGAGGCGGCGGAAUGGGCGGCGGAGGAAUGGGAGGCGGCGGAAUAGGCGGAGGAGGCAUGGGCGGCGUCGGAAUGGGCGGCGGCGGCAUGGGUGGCGGCGGAAUGGGCGGCGGCGGCAUGGGUGGCGGAGGAAUGGGCGGCGGCGGAAUGGGUGGCGGCGGCAUGGGAGGGGGCAUGGGCGGCCCCAGUUCCUCUGCUCCCGGAUCGCAGUCAGCCAUGGGUCCUGGGGGAGGCAUGGGCGGCGGAGGCAUGGGCGGCGGAGGGAUGGGCGGCGGAGGCAUGGGCGGCGGAGGAAUGGGCGGGUCAGGGUGGUUUGCUCCAGGUUCGCAGGCAGCACCCGGCCAGGGUGGACCUGGGAUGGGCGGAGGGAUGGGCGGAGGGAUGGGCGGAGGGAUGGGCGGAGGGAUGGGGGGAGGGAUGGGCGGAGGGAUGGGCGGAGGGAUGGGCGGAGGGAUGGGUGGAGGGAUGGGCGGAGGGAUGGGCGGAGGGAUGGGUGGGCCUGGUGGCAACAUGGGAGGCGGCAUGGGUGAGGCGCAUGGCCGCAGCAGCACUUCCAACGGAGUGCCGCCAGCAGUGCUGCUUCGUCCAAGCUCCUCCUGA